UUGUUAUGGAAUUACAAGUUGAACCUGACUACUGAUCCCAAAUUUGAGUCUGUGGCCAGAGAGGUUUGCAAAUCAACCAUAUCAGAGAUUAAAGAAUGUGCUGAUGAACCAGUUGGAAAAGGGUACCUGGUUUCCUGCUUGGUGGAUCACCGGGGUAACAUCACUGAGUAUCAGUGUCACCAGUACAUUACCAAGAUGACAGCCAUAAUUUUCAGUGAUUACCGUUUGAUCUGUGGCUUUAUGGAUGAUUGCAAAAAUGACAUCAACAUACUGAAGUGUGGCAGCAUUCGGCUUGGGGAAAAGGAUGCACAUUCACAAGGUGAGGUGGUGUCAUGCUUGGAGAAAGGCCUAGUGAAGGAAGCAGAAGAGAAAGAACCAAAGAUUCAAGUCUCUGAACUCUGCAAGAAAGCCAUUCUCCGGGUGGCUGAGCUGUCCUCUGAUGACUUUCACUUAGACCGCCAUUUAUAUUUUGCUUGUCGAGAUGAUCGGGAACGUUUUUGUGAAAAUACACAAGCUGGUGAAGGCAGAGUGUAUAAGUGCCUCUUUAACCAUAAAUUUGAAGAAUCCAUGAGUGAAAAGUGUAGAGAAGCACUAACGACCCGCCAGAAGCUCAUUGCCCAGGAUUAUAAAGUCAGUUAUUCAUUGGCCAAAUCCUGCAAGAGUGACUUAAAGAAAUACCGGUGCAAUGUGGAAAACCUUCCUCGCUCUCGGGAAGCCAGGCUCUCCUACCUUCUAAUGUGCCUGGAGUCAGCUGUGCACAGAGGGCGACAAGUGAGCAGUGAGUGCCAGGGGGAGAUGCUAGAUUACCGGCGCAUGCUGAUGGAAGACUUCUCUCUGAGCCCUGAGAUCAUCCUGAGCUGUCGUGGGGAGAUCGAGCACCACUGUUCUGGAUUACAUCGGAAAGGGCGAACCCUGCACUGUCUGAUGAAAGUAGUUCGUGGAGACAAGGGGAACCUUGGAAUGAACUGUCAGCAGGCGCUUCAAACACUGAUUCAGGAGACUGACCCUGGUGCCGAUUACCGCAUCGAUCGAGCUUUGAAUGAAGCCUGUGAAUCUGUAAUACAGACAGCCUGCAAACACAUACGAUCCGGAGACCCAAUGAUCCUGUCGUGUCUAAUGGAGCAUUUGUACACAGAGAAGAUGGUGGAAGAUUGUGAACACCGUCUCUUAGAGCUGCAGUAUUUUAUCUCUCGGGAUUGGAAGCUGGAUCCUGUCUUAUACCGUAAGUGCCAGGGAGAUGCUUCUCGUCUUUGCCACACCCAUGGUUGGAACGAAACCAGUGAACUUAUGCCUCCCGGAGCUGUGUUCUCUUGUUUGUAUAGACACGCCUACCGCACCGAGGAACAAGGAAGGAGGCUCUCACGGGAGUGCCGAGCUGAGGUUCAGAGGAUCCUACACCAGCGUGCUAUGGAUGUUAAACUGGAUCCUGCCCUCCAGGACAAGUGUCUGAUAGAUCUGGGGAAAUGGUGUAGUGAGAAAACAGAGACUGGCCAGGAGCUCGAGUGCCUCCAGGACCAUCUGGAUGACUUGGCAGUGGAGUGCAGAGACAUAGUGGGCAACCUCACAGAGUUAGAGUCAGAGGAUAUUCAAAUAGAAGCCUUGCUGAUGAGAGCCUGCGAGCCCAUAAUUCAGAACUUUUGCCAUGAUGUAGCAGACAACCAGAUAGACUCUGGAGACCUGAUGGAGUGUCUGAUACAGAACAAACACCAGAAGGAUAUGAAUGAGAAAUGUGCCAUUGGAGUCACCCACUUCCAGUUGGUGCAGAUGAAGGAUUUUCGGUUCUCUUACAAGUUCAAGAUGGCCUGCAAGGAGGACGUGUUGAAGCUUUGCCCCAACAUUAAAAAAAAGGUGGAUGUGGUGAUCUGCCUGAGCACCACUGUGCGCAAUGACACUCUGCAGGAAGCCAAGGAGCACAGGGUGUCCCUGAAGUGCCGCAAGCAGCUCCGAGUGGAGGAGCUGGAGAUGACAGAGGACAUCCGUUUGGAACCAGAUCUGUAUGAAGCCUGCAAAAGUGACAUCAAAAACUACUGUUCUACUGUGCAAUAUGGAAAUGCUCAGAUUAUUGAAUGUCUGAAAGAAAACAAGAAGCAGCUGAGUAACCGUUGCCACCAGAAAGUAUUUAAGCUGCAGGAGACAGAAAUGAUGGACCCAGAACUAGACUAUACGCUCAUGAGAGUCUGCAAGCAGAUGAUAAAGAGGUUCUGUCCAGAAGCAGAUUCUAAAACCAUGUUGCAAUGCUUGAAGCAAAAUAAAAACAGUGAAUUGAUGGAUCCCAAGUGCAAACAGAUGAUUACCAAGCGCCAGAUCACCCAGAACACAGAUUACCGCUUAAACCCUGUGCUAAGGAAAGCCUGUAAAGCUGACAUUCCUAAAUUUUGUCAUGGUAUCCUGACCAAGGCCAAGGAUGAUUCAGAACUAGAAGGCCAAGUCAUCUCGUGUCUCAAGCUGAGAUAUGCAGACCAGCGCCUGUCUUCAGACUGUGAAGACCAGAUCCGAAUCAUCAUCCAGGAAUCCGCUCUGGAUUACCGCCUCGACCCGCAGCUGCAGCUGCACUGCUCGGAUGAGAUCGCCAGUUUAUGUGCUGAAGAAGCAGCAGCCCAGGAACAGACAGGUCAAGUGGAGGAAUGCCUCAAGGUCAACCUGCUCAAGAUCAAAACAGAAGUGUGUAAAAAGGAAGUGCUGAACAUGCUGAAGGAGAGCAAAGCAGACAUCUUUGUGGACCCAGUUCUUCACACAGCAUGUGCCCUGGACAUUAAACACCACUGUGCAGCCAUCACCCCUGGCCGUGGACGUCAAAUGUCCUGCCUAAUGGAGGCCCUAGAGGAUAAGCGGGUGAGGUUACAACCCGAGUGCAAAAAGCGCCUCAAUGACCGGAUUGAGAUGUGGAGUUAUGCCGCAAAGGUGGCUCCAGCAGAUGGCUUCUCUGAUCUUGCAAUGCAAGUGAUGACAUCCCCAUCUAAGAACUACAUCCUCUCUGUGAUCAGUGGAAGCAUCUGCAUAUUGUUCCUGAUUGGCCUGAUGUGUGGACGCAUCACCAAGCGUGUUACACGAGAGCUCAAGGACAGGUAGAGCCACCUUGAUCACCAAAGGACCUACCUGCCCAGUGCCCAGUUUGUACAGCCUUCCUGUAUAGUGUACCCUCUCACCUCACCCUUCUAAGAGGUGGCACCAACAUCUACAGUAGAGCAGCAGCAGGUGCCCACUGCAUUGUCCCGUCCAGACUUGGUCUCGCCCAUGGUGUCCUCUUCCUCCUAGCCGUCUGUGCAGCAUCAGCAGCUGGCCGCUUUGGUGGUAGCCUUUGUUGGCAACUUUGGGUUUACCUGCCUGUAGACAACAGAACUACCAGUACUUCCAGAAACAACUCUCCUGACCUGCAACUCAAAUGCUUUUUCAAAAAAAAAAAAAAAAAAACAAAAAAAGAAAUUUUUAAA